AUGCGCCAUAUAUCUAUCAAAUUAAAACUUCCACUUAAUGUUUUCCUAGAUGCAGGACUUUUCGUCAGAAUACUUGUUGAAAACGAGAAUCUUACAAACCUAGAUAAAGAUAAAUUAAUUUUGUACAUUUCUACAACUUUUUAUCUAUCCUCCAAGAUCAAUGAAUUCGACAAAGUCAGAAUAAGAGAUAUUAUCAACAUAUGCUAUUACCAAUUCAAUGAAUCUGAUUAUGUCAGAAGGAUUCUGCAAGACUAUAAAGAGAAUCAAGAGCCGAAAGUUGAAAUUGAAGAUGGUAUUUGGCUCAUAAGAACCAAUACAAAUGGGGAAAUAAGCUAAGCUAUUUCUAUUGAUUACUCUAAAAAUUAAUUCAAAUUUAUGCCCUAAACCAAUGAAUUAAAUUUGAUAAGAAGAACUGAAUUUCAAGUUAAGUUCUAGGGCUACUCCAGUACUGAGUUAUCUGUUAUUAACUGGCUUUUAACAGAGAUGUAAAUUUAAUAAGCCCUGAUAUAUUAGUAAAUGGCUAUGAGUAGCAAAUUGCUUUAUCUCUUUUUAACGAUUGCAGAAGGUAAAUAUUUUAAGGGACAAAUAUAGAUUUAGAUACAUAAAGAGACAAUUAUGGAAUUCAGUAACUCUACCGAGAAGAUCUUUUCAAAUAUGUCCUACCAUACAUGUGAAGAGCCACCUAAGCAAGUUACUGUAGCAAAAACUAUUUCUUAAAAGAACCACUAGUGA